UGUGACGUGGAUUUAUUUAUUUUUAGUUUAAGGUUAUGUGAUUUGUAGUAGGAAAAUAAAACUAAAAAUGAAUAAUCUUAGUUUUUUAAUAAUAUUAGCAUUGUUUAGUAACGUUGCCGUAGCAGAAUUUUCCUCGGAGGAUUGUUGGACUUUGGGUUUCAACAAAGCCAAUUUAUUGUGUUCUUCAUGCGAACAAUUACUUAAAUUUGAUUUAGAGCUUUUAAGAGACCACUGUAGAGAAUGCUGUAGCCCAGACGAAAACGGCCAAGAAAACAAAAACUACGCCAAAGCGGUGCUGGAAGUGUGCACUUGCAAAUUCGGGGCUUACCCUCAAAUACAGGCGUUCAUUAAGAGCGACAGGCCUGCUAAGUUUCCCAAUUUACAGAUCAAAUAUGUUAGAGGAUUGGACCCCAUUAUUAAAUUGUACGACAAAGACGGUCAUUUACAAGAAACUGUGGCAAUUGAGAAAUGGAAUACCGACUCUGUUGAUGAAUUUUUGAGCACUCAUUUAAUAGACAAUGAUGAUAUGGAUUAUUUGAAAACUAAUGAAAUUUAGGAAAAUUUACUCGUUUUAAAUUAAAAAACAAAUAUAUGCUUUAAAAACAACAUAAAUUACAAUUUCAUUACUCAAUUUCUAAAGUCAUUAUCAAACCAAUUUGUAGGUGAUUUCAACUAGAAGAGAAUAAACUUCUUGGAGCACAAUUUUUCCAUUCCAAAGUUAACUGUAGAUAAACUUGUAAUUAAUAAUUGGAAAGAAGCAAAUUGCCUAAAGACAUAAAAAUUUAACAAAAGGACAAAAAUAAAACAUUAAAACAUACUUUUUCUACCAUUUAAUAUUCAAAGCAUUUGAAGCUUUUUCCACAGCAUGAUAUUGGGUAUGAAGCACUACAUUAGCCUUGUCACUAUCUUGCCCGUCCAACCAACUGUCAUACAAACUUUUCAGCACAUAAUUUUCUUCUGGGGUGGUCACUGGUAGAUUUUGGUAUAACUUUUCCAGUUUUACUGUCACUUCUUUUGCUGUUACACCUUCUCUUGGUCUCACUUGAGCUCCACCAUUCAAGCAACCUAAAAAAAAGCAUUACUUCAUCAAAAAAAGAAAAAUAGGUAUUUCAAAAGUUUAUACCUGACGGACAUGCCAUCACUUCUACAUAAUGAUAUUGCGAUUUGCCUUUUUUCAAUUUCUGAACUAAAUUUUGAAUAUUCCUAAACCCGUUGGCAAUAGCGAAUCUUAAUAAAACUUUGUUGUCUUUUUCCAAUAUAACUUCCUUAAAAUCAGGAUUCCGCAAAGCUUUAUAUUCAACAUUACCACAAGUAAUUCCGAAUAAUUCUUUUGCAGAAUUUAUAAAAAUAUAAUCAGAAUAUCCUCCCGAACCUGAGCCUAUAUGCCGAUGGAAACAUGGAGCUUCCUCGGUAUUGGUAUUUGAUAACCAAGGCUUGGAAAAUGUUGAGUUUUCCAAAGAUUUUAAAGAUAUGUU